AUGGGCGAGCAAUGGCCUCGAGGCCCCAGAAACGAGCUGCACGAGGCGGCGCACUUUGGCUCCGCGGACCGCACGCGGGCCCUCCUCUCGAGCGGGGCUGUUGACGUCAACCAGGGCGAUCCGGCAGGAUUCACGCCCCUCAUGCUGGCGUCGAUGGAGGGACAAUCUCACAUCGUCAAGAUCCUGCUGGACAACGGGGCCAACUCGUCGACGGCCCUGGGCGUCGCGGCCCAGAACGGGCACGCGGAGGUGGCGAAAAUUCUCGUGGACGCCGGCGCGGACAUCGCGGGGCAGACCUCGGACGGGUGCACUCCACGUCGCCGCCGACGAGGGCCACCCGGGGGUCGUGAGGGUCGUGAGAGUCCUGAUCGAGGUGGGCGCGAACCCCAACAGCCACAUCUCGGACGCGUCGACGCCGAUGUACAGCGCGGCGUUCAAGGGCCACACGGAAGCCGUCCGGAUCCUGAUUCGCGCGAAGGCGAACCCGCGGUUCGUCGUCACGAGCCCGUCCGGGUUCCCGUGCCCCUGGACAUGGCCGCGCAGUACGGCCACGCCGGGGUGGUUCGCGAGCUUCUCAGGGAGCACGGGAUCAGGGGCUGCGCCGGGGUUACCGGCGGCGUGCGGGCCCUCCGCGGUGCCGCCAAGGAGCAGCACGUCGGGGUCAUGGCCAUGCUGGCGGAGGCCGGAGUCGCCGACGCCGGGGGCCAGGCGCUGGUCGUGGCGGCGGAGUUCGGCCGCUAG